CUCCCACCCGUGCCGGAAGAUAACAACAGAGAACAACUCGAAUACGCGUAACACGAGAGAACACGAGAUCUAUUGACAACUCCUCCUCCGCCGCACCCGCUCUUGGUUUUACUGGCACCGAAGAUACAGAGGCGCCUCGUCGGCUGGUUCCUGGUUCUCCCAAAUCCCGAUCACCUUCCUCAGGUUUAGCUGGUAUGGCUGUUGAAUCGGAGAGCUGCAACUGCGAUGCCUGGGCAGCAAGAGAUCCUUCUGGAGUACUCUCCCCCUACAGAUUCAGCCGUAGGACUGUACAACAUACCGAUGUUUCUUUGAGAAUCACGCAUUGCGGAGUCUGUUAUGCUGAUGUUGUCUGGACGAGAAAUAAGCACAAUGACUCUGUGUACCCUUUGGUCCCUGGGCAUGAGAUUGCUGGAGUUGUAACUGAGGUUGGUUCAGACGUUGAUGGCUUUAAAGUGGGGGACCAUGUGGCUGUUGGGACAUAUGUGAAUUCAUGCCGUGACUGCGAGAACUGCAAUAGCUUCCUUGAGAACCACUGCUCAAAAUUUGUUUUCACUUUCAAUGGUGUUGAUUCAGAUGGUACUGUCACAAAGGGAGGAUAUUCCAGUCACAUUGUAGUUCAUGAACGGUACUGCCACAAAAUACCUGAUGGGUACCCACUGGAAAAGGCAGCACCUUUAGUUUGUGCUGGAAUCACUGUGUAUACUCCAAUGAUGCGACAUAACAUGAAUCAACCGGGAAAGUCACUUGGUGUCGUUGGGCUUGGUGGGUUGGGUCACAUGGCAGUAAAAUUUGGGAAAGCCUUUGGAUUGAAGGUUACAGUUUUUAGUACAAGUGAAUCAAAGAGAGAUGAAGCUAUAAGCCUUCUUGGUGCAGAUAAUUUUGUGAUAUCAUCAGAUGAAAAACAGAUGGAGUCCCUUAAAAAUUCCAUGCACUUCAUUGUUGAUACUGCCUCUGGUAACCAUCCAUUCGACCCUUAUCUUGCGCUUCUGAAAGUUGGUGGCGUAAUGGUGCUAGUCGGCUUUCCAGGAGAAAUCAGAGUGCAGCCUGCAACACUUAACCUAGGUGCACGGAGUUUAUCUGGUAGUGUAACCGGAGGCACAAAGGAUACCCAAGAGAUGAUAAACUUCUGUGCGGCAAACAAAAUCUAUCCAGAUAUUGAGUUGAUAAAGAUGGAUUACAUCAACGAGGCUCUCGAGAGGCUUGUUAACCGUGACGUCAGGUACCGGUUUGUAAUCGACAUAGAGAGCUCUUUCAGGUGAUAUCUUUGCAGUUGGCAUUAUUUGAAUCUUUAUUGAAGAAUGUGGAAUAAGUUGAAUCUUCUAGGCUAUGCGACUGGUUUGUAAUAGAGGGCAUCCUCUGUAAUUUUCUGGUAUACUUUUCCUUCCGUGCAAUUCUAGUCAUACUUUCCAAACUACGGAUGCUUAUAUUAUUUUGCGGCCACCAGAGAGCUCCUCUGCAUUUCUCCUA